CGAAGACAGUCGGAGGAUGAUAGCCGGCGGCAACUAUACGACGGCCCACGCGGUGGCGACUCUGCGACUGCUCACUCAACUCGCAGCCGAACCACCCGAAAUGUACACUCAUAGUUAGUCCAGCUUUGCUUUUAUCACCUAAUAAAAGCAGAUCGAGCGAAUGGCGUCGUCAAAAUCGGAGGCCGAUUGGUCUCUAGCUCGAAAAGGCAUUUCGCUCUUGCUCAACAAUCAGACGGAAGAAGCCGAAUCGCUGUUUACUCAAUACCCAAAGAGCUUUCAUAUGAAGGCUGGCAGAAGCUUUGUGUUCUUCAUGAACGCGCUCAUGACGUUCGAGGACGACAAGCUCCAGCAGGCGGUGCAACUUCUGCGCGACAUGGAGAGAGAAUGUGCCGGGGACAUUGGCUGGCUUAGAUCCAUGAAGACCAGGGUUUUUGGUGAGGACACUUCUGAUAGCGAAUACGUGAGGAAACUGGAACGCCAGGUGGUAUUGGCCGACUCGCAAGUAUGCGCAGCUCUGCUCACGUUACUUCAGCAGGAAAUCACGGGUUACGUGAGAGGUGGAUGGAUGCUUAGAAAAGCUUGGAGAGUCUACCAGCACGCUUACAAUCAGAUACUGCAGCUCUAUCGGCGCACUUUUGGCAACAAUCCCUCUGGCUUCCAUUCGAUGUGCAAUACGCCGGCCGGCAACGGCAGUCCGCCGUCACAGCUGCAAAGUCCUUCAGCAUCCGAAUGGUCAGUGCCGUCGUGUAACGGCAUCUCAUCGCCGGAACCGUCUGCGUCGCCCGCGGGCCUGCGCAGCUCGCUAUCGAUGCUUUUCACCUUCGCCGGGAUCACCAGCGAACAGCCAACGCCAUUCAUUGAACCGUCCGAAGUAAUUAGAUUAAUGUCCGCAAUCAGUUUUGGAUAUGGAAUCUUCCAGCUGUGCGUUAGUUUAUUACCGCCAUCCCUAACGAAAGUCAUCCAUUUUUUGGGUUUCGAGGGAGACAGGCAAGCCGGUCUUACGUCUCUCAUGUACUCGAGAUUGAGUGAUGAUAUGCGAGCACCACUUGCCACAUUGGCCUUAUUAUGGUAUCACACUAUCGUGAGACCGUUUUUUGCCCUUGACGGCUCAAAUGUCAAAGCUGGAGUUGACGUGGCUAAGGAAUUAAUUCGCGAAUCUCAACCAGAGUUCAAGGAUUCGGCAUUGUUUUUAUUUUUCAUGGGUAGGGUUGAGCGUUUGCAGUCGAAUGUCAACGGCGCAUUGCGGGCCUAUGAGAAGGCCGUGGCGCUGUCGACGCAGCGGGAGGUGAAGCUGCUCUGCUUGCACGAGGUUGCCUGGUGUCAUCUGAUUCGGCUUAAUUACGAGGAUGCUCACACCUCCUUGACCAAAUUGCAGGAACAGUCGCGUUGGUCCACCAGUUUCUACGCUUACCUUGCUGCUGUUUGCUCGGGCGCAGAAGGUAAAACGGAGCAGCUGCUGGCAACGCACAAGAAACUGAUGCAAUGCGUGGCAGUAACACGAGAGACACAGCUUGGUUUGUUCAUAUCUAGACGAUCGCCGAAAUUGAUCGAUGAAAAUAACGAGCGAGCUUAUCCGCCGAUAUACUACAAAUUGUUAGUUUAUGAGCUAUUGUAUCUGUGGAACGCCUUACCCUCAUGCACCACUCAGGCACUGCACAGCAUUCUAGUUGAGUGUAAAAAUAGUCAUUCAAAAGAGCCGAUGGAUGGUUUAUGCGGUUUGAUCGAAGGAUCUGUUUACGCAUACCUCGGAGACAAAGAUGCAUCAGUCAGGUGUUAUCGCAGCUGUUUGAAACGUCGACUUCCUUCCAGAGAUUUGAUGGACCAGCACAUCAGUGCUUUUGCGCUCUACGAGCUCGGCAAUAUAUUGUCUAGUGGAAUAAAUGUUGAAGAAGGUAGAUGCUUGCUGCAUAGGGCACUGUCGCAAUACAAGAAUUAUGACUUUGAGAGCCGUCUAAACGUUCGCAUCCACGCAGCACUAAAGAAAGAGGAGAGUCCGAUGAGUUAUCAAAGUGAGUGUACUUAUGGCAUGGGUUAUUGUCCAACUCAAGUGAAUAACUGUCGAAAAUACGCCUGGUAUUGCAAGUUCAUCAAACCUUUUUUCAUGUUCGCAGUAUCGGUUAUGUUAGCUCUGUCAGUGUCGGAUCUUAGUGAAAAAUAUUCUUUCGCUAAAUCAAUUCAGACAAUACGAUCUGAUUUAAGUGUGCUAAGAAAUAAUUUGGACAUAAUAUCGAAUGAGGUGAGAACAUUGAAGGAAACCAGAGACGAGUUUAGAGGUAGAAUGAAAGAAACUAUUUGUGUAAUACCUAAAUUAUCCGAAGCAAUAAUAGAAUUAAGAAAUGAGCUUUCUGAAGGCAUGAGCGAGCACACGAGAAAGUUAAUGGAAAUCAUGUCUCCGGAACGGAUAAAACAAAUAGUUCGAAACGAACUACAAUCUUAUGACGCAGACAAAACUGGCAUGGCUGAUUACGCCCUUGAAAGUUCGGGUGGUGCCAUUCUUUCUACGAGAGAUACCGAAACUUACUCAGCAGGAGUUUCAGUUCUCAAAUUAUUUGGAAUACCUUUUUGUCGCCAACAAAACACUCCAAGAGCAAUAAUUCAGCGAAGAGUACUUCCUGGUGAAUGUUGGGCUAUCAAAGGUAGUCAAGGUUCUGUCGUAAUUCAGCUUUUUGGUUCCGUUCGAAUAUCAGGCGUCAGUCUUGAACAUAUCUCACCGAUGAUUUCCCCUACUGGAGAUACGACCAGUGCUCCCAGGGACUUUUCAAUAUGGGGUUUGCUUAACGCUGGAGACAAAAACGGAAACUUAUUGGGUAGAUUUAAAUACGAUAAUUUUGGACCUUCGCUACAAUAUUUUGAAAUGGACAGAAUAUGUGACACACCGUAUAAAAUUGUUGAAUUGAAGAUCCACUCGAACAGUGGUAAUGACAAGUAUACCUGUAUUUAUCGGAUCCGAGUACAUGGAAAUCUUGUAUCUUAUGAAGAAAUCCCAAGCUAGCUCAAGUACAUUCAUAAAAGUAGGAGUCAAUCGAUCUUGAAAGUAUUUUGAUGUAUUUAUUAUAGAUGAUAGGGCAGUUUAUUUACAAAAAAAACUUGAGAGAGGUUCUCAAAUUUUUCAGAAAACUGUUACCUUAAAUUUUGUAUAAGCAUUAUCUUAUAAGCAUAAUUUUAU